CAUCUCUCUCUCUCUCUCUCUCUCUCUCUCUCUAAAACACACAAAGAUGCAGAAGGUGACAUUGCUGCUGCUGAUACUGUGCGCCACCUCCUACAAUGCCACAUCUCUCAUCGAUGGUUUACUGCCGAACGGCGACUUCGAGAAGGGCCCGGAGCAGUCGCAGCUGAAGGGAACGGUUGUCACCAGCAAAACUGCCAUUCCUAAAUGGGGAAUUUCAGGCUAUGUUGAGUACAUCAAAUCGGGUCAAAAGCAGGGCGAUAUGUUACUGGUGGUUCCUGAAGGAGAAUUUGCAGUGAGGCUUGGCAACGAGGCUUCGAUAAAGCAGAAGGUGAAGGUCGAGAAGGGUACGUUCUACUCGGUCACAUUCAGUGCAGCCCGAACGUGCGCGCAAGAAGAGAAAUUGAAUGUAUCGGUCACGCCGAACCAUGAGGCACACGACUGGGGAAUAUUGCCGAUGCAGACGAUGUACAGCAGCAAUGGAUGGGAUUCUUACUGCUGGAGUUUCCGGGCGGACGCCCCCGAAAUCGAGAUCUCAAUCCACAACCCCGGCAUGGAUGAGGACCCGGCUUGUGGACCAUUGAUUGAUUCAGUCGCAUUGAAGGCAUUGUACAUCCCGAAACGCACUAAUGCAAAUUUGGUGAAGAAUGGAAAUUUUGAAGAAGGUCCUUAUGUGCCCCCAAAGACAUCAUGGGGCGUCCUAAUUCCGCCCCACAUUGAGGAUGACCACAGCCCUUUGCCCGGAUGGAUAAUCGAAUCCCUAAAAGCAGUGAAGUUCGUCGAUUCGGACCACUUCGCUGUUCCUGAGGGAAAGCGUGCAGUGGAACUUGUCGCCGGGAAGGAAAGCGCCAUCGCACAAGUUGUCUCGACCCAGCGUGGCAAAGUUUAUGUCCUUACAUUUGCGGUCGGCGAUGCCAAGAACUCAUGUGAAGGGUCUAUGGCAGUGGAGGCAUAUGCAGGGACUGCGUCUGUUACAGUGCCCUACACUUCUACGGGCAAAGGCGGUUACGUCCAUGCUAAACUCCGGUUCACAGCCACAUCGGAUCGCACCAGGGUCAGGUUCUUGAGCUCGUACUACAACAUGCAGAGCGAUCACUCUGGUUCUCUGUGCGGACCUGUUAUUGAUGAUGUGAGGUUGGUUAGCGUUCGCAACCGCAAACUAGCAUGAGGUCUUUGGCUUGUUUUGAGAAGCCACCAGAGAAACCAGCAGUUUCCAGGGGGCCUUAUCAUGAUGUAAUGCUAUUAUACGCUAUGAUUUCUUGUACCAACGAUUUCAAUUGAUUCCUUUUCAAAA